GCAUCACGAAAUAUAAUGAAGAAUGCUAUCGAAAACGCAUUAUAUCGUUGUUUCAUUUUUCAGGGCCUAGAUAGCAGCGGAAGGCCAGCCUUCGUCCUCUACUUUCGCGUUCGCUACUAUGUGGAUACGCCGUUGCUUCUAAGCGAUGAAACAACGCGUCACCACUAUUACCUGCAACUGCGAGACAAUGUCGUCAGGCAUGGCGGCGGUGUGGAGAACCUCCACCCUCACCACCCCCUGCACGAGCCGUCUAUCGUUACGCCCCUGCUUACACUCGCGGGCCUUGCCCUACAAGCCGAUCUUGGGGACUACUCCGAGGAACGGCAUAGGCCACACGCAGGAUCUGUGGGAUACUGCAAGCCAACGGAUUACCUUCCGCCUCACAUGUGCCUCGAAUCGAAUGUGCUGGCCGUGCUCGCGGCACAACACAGGGACAACCGUGGCCUCUCCAGAGAGGAGGCAGAGCUGCAAUAUAUCCGGGAGGCAGUGCUGCUGGAGGCGCCGCUCAACGCUCACCUCUAUCGGUUGCGAAGAAGCAAGAACGAGGCAGGACCCGGGCGAAUACUCCUCGCCAUAUGCGCUCGCGGGGUGCGAGUCUACGCCGAGGAGGAGACACCGCGUGUCUUCGCCUGGAACAACAUCGGCAAACUCUGUUUCGACCGGAAGAAAUUCGAAAUCCGCGCAGUCGAUCAGCCGGACAAGCUCACUCUUUACAGCGGAUGCGAUGAUAAAAGCAAACUGCUCUUGGGACUCUGCCGAGAUACCCAUCAGUUCACCAUGGCCAUAGCACCUAGAGUAAACGAAGCGAAGAGGCGCGAGGAGGAAGAGAGGAAGGUACUCCGCGACUGCUACAUGUAUCCAGCCCGGUGCAAGCUCAGUUUAACGGCGCGAGGCGCGCGUGGCGACCAACGAAUUUCUGUUAUCUCGAGCACGUCGUCGAAUACGACUUCUGGAAUUGUCAGCGACCGGGUUCACAGCGAGGACGAACCGGACACAGCGCCCGCCUCUACCGAGUGUCUGCCGCGUCUUACUGAAAAUACUCAACACUCCGGUGUUCAGUGCAACGUUCUAAACGGAUCGAACGUAGACGUCGACGAUCGUUCUCUACCGUCGUCUCCAGUCUCCACCGUGGACGAAGUGGACGGUGCGGACAGUACGCCUACGACGGCUGCACUGCGAUUAGCAUCGAGCGCGGCGACAGCGGCCGAAGGGUCGCAAUGUAGCAGCAGCUGCAGCACGGUCGUAGUCGUGAACGCACCUGCUGGUGGACCGCCGCGAAUGCGGCGCACGUCCGCGACUUCGAGCUUGGAACUUGGUUAUUCGCAUACAGCACAGAAUUCGGCGGUUUCGUCGGAAACCGCCAGCUUUCCUGGCGCGAUUUACGACAGAUGCAAAAAAGCUGGCAAAUACGCAGCUACCGACAUCGCAAGCGAAACCAGUGGAGUGUACACGCUUAGGAGUAGCGAGAUGCAAGACGAAAGAAUGGGAGAUCUAUAUUCGCCAACUGGUGACGCGAACGAAUCGUCGACAGCGAGCGAUGUGUGUGCCUUAAGUUCCGUCCAAUCCACUACCGACGAGGCAUCCGUGACAUCCGGGUUUUACACGAUCCAUAGCGGCCUUAGAUCUGAGACGAGCGACGUGUACACGGAAGACGUCGGAACCGAAGAUCAGGAACCAAUUUACAGUAUCUGUAAAGGUGACGAGGACGUGGCUAACGUCGUGUCCAGCAUGUCAGCAGUUUCCCUGGAUCAACAGCUGGAAGACUCUAGAUCACGCAGCAAUAGUAUACUCAGCGCAGGGAGUUUCAGAGGCGACGGUAGCGAUCCUUCGAACGUUGGACCGUUGCUGUCAGCGGACGAGCUCUCUGAUUUGAUAGUCGGCCGAUAUCCUCCGAGGAAGACUAUCAGCAAUUCCAUGGAUUCCGACUGCGAUUACGUCACUAUGCCUCCGCCACCUCCGCCACCGAGGACAGACAGCGACCGGCAACUUCCUCCGCCUCCUCCUUAUCCCGUGAGCAUGGACUAUGCAACGAUAAACUCACCGCGCCCUAAGAUACCGGAAAGGGAACCUCCGCCCCCGCCGCCGUAUAACGCUACUCGCGGCGAAUUCGUCCCUCUGCCACCAAGAAGAACCGAUCCACCGCCGCCACCGCCGCCUUACACCUCGCCAAGAGAAAGAAUUCAAAUACCGCCGCCCACGCCUCCGAGAAACGACGCGGUGACACCCAGAGAACCGCCACCACCUCCGCCUUAUCCCGAGGUCUCGGAACUCACUCGGCAGGAAGUGAUUUCCAAGCUGUACCCGAGCGCUACGGAAGAGAUCUUGCCGAGGGUGACGUCGACCAAGAUACAAACGAGCCUGGCUAGCAGCAAGUUGAGCGCCGGGCUGACGGCGAACUCCAAGACCGGCAUUGCCACCGGUCAACCGCUGAACGGCGACGUUGCAUCGUCCAUCGCCCCGAAACCACCGCCAAGAAUUCAACCGCCUACUUAUCCCGGUGAUAAAAUGAAACCCACGCCGGUACACGCGCCAGUCGCGGCUCUCGUCGUCGGCCCGAACAAUUACCUGGACGUGCACGCUUCGCGAGGUGGUCCGGUUCUGUUGCCUUACUUAACACCACCGCCGCCCCCGCCACCUCCUCCGCCGCCAAUAGUACACCCUAGGCAACCGCCACCGCCGCCGCCUAGCCUGGCUACCGUUUACACGAGUCAAGUCGCGAGGUCUCAGAUAGAACAGUACAAACAGCAACUGUACUCGGACGUCGAUUACGUGAUGUUCCCGUUGAAGGAUCCCGCGGUCUCCAAGCAAGAGUACAUCGACGCGAAACAGGGAUCGCUACUCGCGGCCAUGGCUGCCUAUCCUCCCCCGCCUUAUCCUUCGUUUAAUAACAAAUCGUUAGUAAUGUACCGUAGCACGCCAUACCUUCCCGGCUCUUCGUUCUCGUCGCCCACGAAAUACGCUUCCAACCAGAAUCUUAGUAGUAGCGACACCAGCUCUAACAAUUACUUACCGCAUAGCAAUCUGAGCAGCCACUACGCUGCUAGCACCAGUUCGCUAUACAGCGGAGCUACUUGUUCGUCGGCAGGAAGCCAGAGUCUUAGACGCGAACCACCCGCCCCGGCGCAUCCGCACACGCUCCACGCCUUCUCCAGAACGAGGAGCGACGAGAACAUUUUGAAGUGCUUCGACUCGCCGUCGAGCAAACUACAAUCUCUGCCGCAAUUGAAACAUCGCAGGCUGCCGCCGCCUCCUCCGCCACCUCCUUAUGAAAUACAGAAUCUUGAAAAGAAUCAACCGCUUCCGUCCGCGUCUUCGUCAUCGUCUUCGCCGACGAAGACGUCGAAAGCUAUGGAAGAACGCGAGGAGGGAAAGGAAGACGGAAUGUUGGACAUUCGAACGCUCCGCGAGAAGAGUCGCAACUUAGACCUGCCGCUGAUAUCGGCGUUGUGCAACGACAGAUACCUGUUGAAACAAACGAAAGCCUUCGUCAUGCCGAAGCAUCCGUCGGAGGCGACUUCGUCGACGUCCGCGAAGAACAGCGCGCGAAGCAACAACGGUGGGACCUCGAGUAGAAACAAAUAUCCAGUGAGUGGUCUAUCCACGACGCAGAUCAGUAAACCGCCGAGGAAAUCGUCGACCAGUACUCAUAAACACCCGACCGAGGCGAAAGGCAACGCGUACAAAGUGACGAACUCGACGAACGUUUCGUCGCCCACCAAAAAGGAUCCGACCAGAGCGUCUCACUCGUAACGAGAAACAAAGAAUCGGAGCUUGUCGUUCUAUGCGACGCUAUGAACAAUUCUGUACCUCGAUCAAAGUACAUUCCACGAGGCUGACCAAACGAUUCCAUCGCCGAGACUGUGUCGAUGAAUGAAGCAUGACGCUAUUAUAUUGGAAUCGUUUGGGCGCUGAUGAAUAAGGGAGGCAACGGUAAAGGAAGAAAUUGUUUCGACGUGACUCGUAACUGCUCUGUCUUUCAUACAAAGGAUGACGGCGAAGAGAAAAGUCUUAACGACACAAGUACUUAAACAGCAUUCGGACACAGACCGUGCUUCUUCAACUCAGGGUGCCAUUUUACCGUUUACGAUUUUACUACUCGCUGCGAAUACUCAACGAAAAGACAAGACAUCAAGAUAAUACAUUUAGACCUCUGUGUAAUUUCAAACAAGGUAUUUGUUACGUAAUAUUUUUCUCUCUCUCCUGUUUUUAACUUCGUUCUUAUGAUCUCUGCGAUAUCCCUCGAAAAAAAAGAAACAAAGUUGUACUCUUCUCCCGAGGACGAAGUUCUCUUUAGCAGAGGUACAACGACAAUAAAAUCGUCCCUUGCCUCUCCUCGUUUUCUUUUUAAAAUUGCUCAAUUAAGCAUCUCGGCGCGAAACGAUGUAAGAAUUGAAUGCAAAUUUUGUAAAUCGCGAUGAAAGAGUGGAAAAACGCUUUUGCGUAUAUAGUUAUCCGAGAAUUCUUGUUAGGUACUAUGUAAUUGCGCAGAUAUUUUUAUACUUUAGAUAGACAGGUACGAUUAUUGUAACUAAAGAAAUAGUACCUUCCCUCUCAACGUCUACGAAAGUAAUAUUUAUUACCAUUCAGAAAAAUCUUGUCCCUAUAAUUUCUUUUCUAUAACUUUCCUUUUGUCCUUAAUAAUUGAAUUUGCGCGUUCGCUUUAUAUUUCGCAUCCCAAGAAGCAUCCGCGUGUAACUCUAAGCAUAGUCGUUCACUUAGAAGAGUUUAAGAGUUUUUAAGUACUUCGUUUCUCUCCUUCUGAACGACCAAGUGCGUCGCGUCGAAGCGAGAGAAUCGAAGUAAAUCGGCAUAUUUCCCGAGUUACGACGAUCGAGUAACAUAAAUUGCACUACAGAAUUACGCGCGCAGGACUACUACAAUAGAAAGUAACGAGUGACAAUCUUUAAAAGUUGUACAAGAUUCACGUCAGAGCGAAUCUUUCGAAUAUUAAUGUCAUACUGUAAUGGGUAAUAAUUUAGCAGUAACGUUGACUUAUGUUAAUUAAUAGUAGAUUUUAAUAAUUACAACAUGACCCAUACCUGUACAUAGUAUUUGCGUGAAAAACCAUAGGACUUGUUGUAGUCGGAAACCUCAUGUAUGUACCACGCGUCACCUCAGCUACGAAUAAUAAACUUUUUUUAUAAUGAA